AACUAUUUUAAAUUGUGGGUACAUUAUUUCUGUACAAACUAUAAUUGGAUCAUUUCUUGUUGACUGGAGAAGGGCAUUCAUCCUUAUUUUCCAGAGACUGUUAGCUAUUGCUAACACUCUGUUUAAUCAAAAAUCCAGAAGAAUCCUCUUUAAGGAAGCUCUGUCAUAUUUCGGAAACAACAUUUUUGCCCUAGUCAAUUGGAGAAAAAUUGUACUUAAGACAAAAUGUACCAUUUUGACAAGAGGACAUCCACUAAAGCUUUACGAGUCUAGAUCCUCAAACAGUAUUGGACACAAUGCAUUCUCACCAUCAUUCUCAAACUGGCCAUAGAAGUAAUUACAGCACUGUCAAUCAGUAGUUUUAAAUCAGACUAGACAAGUUAGGGAAGGGCCUAUCAACUCUACAUAAUUAUGACGAACCCUCACACUGCAGAGAGAUAGCCAAGACAACGUUCCACAGAACCAGGGUAGCAGAAGCUACAACAGAGGAGGCACUUGGAUGACCCUUCAGUCGUGAAACAUCAUAGGUUGCAUAGGAUGUGACGUCAUGCAGGUUCCUGUAGUUCUUCACAAUAGAAGUCCCGAAUUAUACGUGGUGACCGUCCCAAACAAAACGUAAACAGGUAUUGCCAUGUCCAGGUAACAAACGUGUUUAUCAGUCAAGAUGCCAAGUGCAGGUGCUAUAGGGAUUCCAUCCAUCAUCCCACUGAGGGACCCCAUUCCAGGGAAACCAAGCAACCAUAUAGAUAUUGCAACUUGUAUAGAGCUUAAUUGCUCCACCUCUGGUUGCAAACUUUAUUUCACAACAGAUGGCAGCCGUCCAGACCCAUUUCAGAGGAAGUCAUCGGUGGGACAAACAUUCAAGUACAGGGGACCAUUUACUCUCAAACCAGGAAAGAGACUUUUGAAAGUCAUAGCCAUUGCUAGGGAUGGACUUCAUGAAAGUGCAGUAGUAACCAAGACAUUCCAAGUGGACGACUUUGACUCAUCUGAUUACAGCGAUUUUGAUGACAGCAGCACCAUUAUCAGUACCAGCACCGACACUUCCAGAUUUACAAACAGGACAACAGACACUGAGAGAUCUGUACCAAAGAAAAAGAAGAAAGAUAAAAAAGACAAGAAGGACAAGGAAAAGAAGGAUAAGAAGCCAACCACUCCAAGAAAAGCAUGGGAAAACGGAGACAUGAGACCUGUGUCAGCCCCACCAGAUAUGGAUGGCCCAUUCAACCCAGUCAACUACUCUGGAACGCAGGUCAAUGUAUGGGGCGUGCCCCCAGACCAGGCCUCCAAUAUCGCAGCCAAUCCACGGCCCUGGGUGCCAGGACCCAACCCCUCACCACCCCCCUGGGCCUCAUCCACUGGGAACCAGUACGGCUACUACACCAAUCAGAUGAUGGGGAAUUUGUAUCCAAACCGUGGUCCUAUGGUAGCUGAGAUGUUAACCCAGAAAUUGGAUGAAACUCGUCAGAAGACAGUAGCAGAAGUGAGGCAGGCAUUGCAGACCACCCCUCCAAAGCCAGCCAUUGAGUACCCUGUGAAGACAGUGCCUGAUGCUAAUCCUUGCAGCCCAGGAAAUGGAAACUGGCGUGAGCAGAUUGAGCAUAUUUAUGCCCAUCUCCUAGAAUUAGCCAAAAACAAUCCAGAUUUCAAGGAAACUAUAGCAGAACCUAAGAUGGGCAGGGUGAUAGGCGCAGACUUUGAAGAAGAUGAUGACAGCUACAUUCUGACAGUAAGCUUAGCGAAAUAUGGUGUUCCAAAGAAAAAGAAAACAGCUCCAGUUCCAAAAACCCAACAGCCAAAAACCCAGCAGCCUCAGAAACCUCCACCUCAGAAAACUGCUCCUGCCAAGAAACCGGCAGAGGCUGCCAAGACAGUAGCUGCAGCAACUAAGUGGGCCAGUAAGAAAGGAGAAGGAGCACCACCCCCAAUGAAGCUUAAACCCAAGCCAGAACCUGAGGCAGAACCUGAGCCUAAAGGUCCAGAGCCUUAUUUUGAGACAGAGGAGUAUGAGCAAGAGGGCACUCUGAAGCCAUAUGAAGGUUUCAAUGUUCAGCAGGACUGUGAAGUGCUCAGGAAGGCUAUGAAAGGACUAGGCACAGAUGAGAAAGCCAUCAUCCAGGUGAUGGGGUACAGGACCAGCACUCAGCGCCAGGAUAUUGUCAGACAGUUCAAGACCAUGUUUGGGAAGGACUUGAUCAGCGAAUUCAAAGGAGAGCUGAGCGGCAAUUUCUACAAGGCCAUUCAUGCUCUAUGUUUGGCCCCGGCUGAUUAUGAUGCAUAUGAACUCCAGAGAGCAGUGAAAGGCUUGGGCACAGAUGAUGACUGCCUUAUAGAGAUUAUAUGUACCAGGACCAAUGCACAGAUUGCAGCCAUCAAAGAGGCCUACAAGAGAUUGUUCAACAAGGAGUUGGAGAAGGCCAUAAUGGAUGACACAUCUGGCCAUUUCAAGCGUCUUCUGGUAUCACUGCUACAAGGGAACAGAGAUGAGAGUUCAACAUUUGACAGGACUCAAGCCCAGCAGGAUGCACAGGAAUUAUAUCAAGCAGGAGAGAAGAAAUGGGGCACGGAUGAAUCCAGAUUUAAUGUCAUCAUUGUAUCACGCAGUUUCGCACACCUCCGUGCUGUAUUUGAGGAGUAUGAAACAUUGGCUGGGAAGGACAUUGAGGCAUCAAUCAGCAGUGAAAUGUCAGGAGAUAUUAAAAAUGGCAUGCUGACAGUUGUCAAAAGCAUCAAGAACAAGCCAGCCAUGUUUGCACUGAAGCUCCACAAAGCAAUGAAAGGUCUGGGCACAGAUGAUGAUGCCUUGGUCCGCAUAGUGGUCACUCGCUGUGAGGUGGACAUGGUCCAGAUUAAGGAAGCUUUCAUGGCUAUGUACAACCAGACACUUGGGAAAUGGAUUGCUGAUGACAUCUCAGGAGACUACCGUCAGCUUAUCUUGGCCCUUGUGAACGAAGAGGGUGCUGCAAGAAAAUAAAACCAAGACAAGCUGAAUAAUAUAACAUUACUUUUUAAAAGGAGUGAAAGAAAAAUGACUGGAUUAGAUACUUUACACAAAGUAAAUGCUUUUGUGCAUGCUGAAUUAUGAAUUUUUUUCUCAGCGGAGAAGGUAAAAUACAUGUAUUGCUUUUACUUGGAAGAAAUUAUGAGAUAUAAUAUGUAAAAAAAUAUUUUAAAAUAUGUUUUUUAUAAAUGAUAGAAAAGUUUUUGUUGUUGUAAUUAUUCCAUGUGGGUGAAGGGAGCUGUGUGCACAUGUAAUACAUGUAGAUGCUAAAAAUAUAUAUAUUAUUAAGAUAUACUGUUUCUUUUAUAUGUCAUCCUGUGAAGGUAUAGAUAUAUUACUGAAGUAACUAUUUUACUAGUUUUUAUUUAAUAUUAUAUGUGUUCUUAUUUUUUCAUUGUAAGUGUAUAAAUCUAUCCACAGAGCAAAUGCCCUUAUACCAGGCUGAUUAUGUCUAUUAUAGCUUGCACACUAGAAAUGCAAGCUCUGAUUUAAUUGCAACUUUUACUUUUUGCUUUCUACUUACUAUAUUUACUGGAUCUGUGCAAUAGGAAAUGGAUAUCUUUUUUAUUCUUGAAAUCUUCUUUUCUCUGUUUUUUUUUUAAACAAAAUUUUAUAUUAGGAUUUAUCACCAAAUGAAAGUGUGGUCAAUAUUUCAGUCCAGUUGAUAAUAUUUAUAGUAAGCACUAUGAGAUGAUGUCUAGAGCUGUCUCAGAAAUAUCUUUAUUAAAAAUGCAAAUUUAUGAUUUUUGUAUAAUAAUUAUGUACUUAAGUUGUUAGCUGGCUAACAAUAUAUUUGAUAACAAAAGGUAAAUAUUUGACAAUCUUGACAUUUGAACAGACAUAAAGUUAGCAAAGAAUACUAGAAAAGUUACUUCAUUUUGAGUUGAAGUGUGUAAGUGUGAAUUAUACACUAUGUUGUGAUACAAUACAAAUGUUGCAUAUGUCCAGAAUUUCUUUUUCUAUGGAUCCAGUGUAUGCUGAAACAUUAUUUAUUGUUUUAUAAUGUAGUUUCCAGUAAUGAUGUAAUAAUGCAAAUCUUAUGUCCCAAGAGUAGAAGAUUACAAUAACAAACAAGAAUUAAAUAAAUUUAAAUGGAUAACUUUGUUUUACAUUCAGGGUUUCCAAGUAUUUAUUGUGAAGGUUUUUCUUUUUCCUUAUCCGUCCAGGGUUUCUACUUUAUGCCUUUUUUCUUUAUAAAUUUUUGUGAUUUAUAUUCAGUAAUAGACUUUUUCCAUCUGUGUGUAGACAUCAGAUAUCUAAAAGUAUUUCAAAAUAAGGGAAUCAUCAUGUCUUGAAUUCUUAGUAUUGAGGUUUCAGAAAUACCAGUCAAUCCCUUGCACACACAGACUUUGUUGCAAAUGAUUGCUUUGCUUUAUAUUUGCAGCAAUUCCAUGUUGAAUCUUGAAUAGAUACAAAAUAAGAAAAGUAAUUAUAUACAGUAACUUAUUUAAAUAAAUUUAUUUGGAUAUGUUUUUGUAGCAUUAAGUUGAU